AUGAGGCAGAAGAGGAACAAAGCCAAUCGCAAAGUCAUGGCGCUGUAUGCCUCUUCUUUUGGGUUCAGGGAACCCUACCAAGUUUUAGUGGACAGCGAUUUUUGUAUUGCGCUCGCUGCGCAGAAAGACGAUGCCGUCGCUCGGUUCGAAGCAGUCGUCCAAGGAAACGUCAAGCCAAUGAUGACCCAGUGCUGCAUACAACAUCUGUACGACUUGGGGCCGAAAGAUCAGCCUGCUGUUGAGCUGGCACGUACUUUUGAGCGACGCAAGUGCAACCACUGGGAGAAGAAAGCAAAGUCUACAGAGUGCAUCUCAGGUAUCGUUGGCGACGACAAUCGGUACCGAUACAUUGUGGCGACCAAUUCUGCCAAAUUGAGAGCAAAGAUGAGAUUGGUUCCUGGCACACCGCUCAUCUUUAUGAAUCGAUCUGUCAUGGUACUCGAGUCGCCCAGUGAUCAGACCAUGCGAGCAAGAGCAGCCAGAGAGCAGGAGAAACUCUAUGCGCCUCUUGCCGAACUUCACUCAAACGCCCACGAAGAGGAAGCAAAAGAGGUCGGAGAGAAAGAGAGUGGGACGAAUGUGGAUGGGCAAGUGAAAGCUACACGGUCGACUGCCGCUAUCGGACGCAAUACGGUAGAGCAAAAGAUGGAGAAGAGGAAGAAGAAAGGACCCAAGGGGCCGAACCCACUCAGCGUGAAGAAGAAGAAACCGGCUGCCGCUGCUGCUGCUCAGAAAGCGAGGUCUAGCAGUCAGAAGAGAGCAACACCCGCUGUCAGACAAGCGCCUGCAUGAUUGUCUGCAUUGACAAGCCUCGCCAGCAUUUGACGAUCAGAUACUGUCGAGAUACGGCGCGAGGGUUGCCAGAGCGAUUGGCAAGGCUUCCUGCUUUCCGCUGUCAGCCUGGUCGUAUACAGAGACUGGGGACGAACUUCCGAACGGAUUGUUCGACUGCCUUGGUGCGGACAGAGGUUGAUCCAGUGGUCAAAGAGAUCGAGCGCAGUCUCUGCUGUCAAGCCAGUAUCCUCAUCCGCCCCGAUCGUGAGCUCUAGACCAGCAAGACCGCCCAGGACGAUCAAGACGUGUCUGACACCACAUUAAACCAGCGCUCAGAAGCGGGUAUCAACAGCCAAGUCAAGGCGUACUUUGGAUGAGGAGGAAAGCUGUCGAGAGCGGAUU